AUGUUUUUACCUCCCCAGAACCCCCAACUGCACUCUCGAACCGCCCGCCCCACGCCCAGCCCUGAGAUGCCCCUCCUAGCCUGGAAUGGUUGACCCCGUAGCGAUGUUGCUGCAUCGCUCAGAUUGGCCAGGUGAUCACCCGCACAGUUACGGCCCCUGCCCCGCCCAGCACUCGGGCUCCACGCCCCAUGCCUCAAAUGAACCUACAUGUGCCACGUCACAAACUGAGGCAUGUGGACAGUCGAUGUCCUCAUCUACACUUCCAGCCACUUCCAUUGUCGCCAGUUGCAUUCCGAAAAAGCAAUUGUCUUUUCUCGGGAAUUCGUGUGACAAGACGAACUAUUUCUCCCGGCUCGCACACCCCAGGGAAUGCCUCAAAUGUAGGUCACAGAACCGGACACCAGGCACACGGUUUGUUGUCAACACGUGGACAUCGUUCCCCAGCCCGCACAGAAAAACCUGGAAGAGACGAAUUUUUCUCUCCUCUUUCAUCAGUCUUCUCGUCUUUGCAUCACAACUCUCUGGGGUUUCCUCUACGUCACCGUCACCAUCAUCAUCGAACACAGACCUCAACCUUGGCAUUCUGGUGGCGGAGUCGACCGACGAAGACUUCCUUUCCAAACUGCAGACGCGCGUAGACAAAGCCGUCUCCGAUUUUUACAACAGCGCCGAAUACCAAGAUUUGAACCCUGGCAGCUCGGGACAAGACUUUCGCGUGUCCUGCUCGAUCUACCAGCAGCGUGACACAGAGUCCGUCGUCUCCAACCUAAACAACAUCUUCAGCAACACAACAACAAAUGCCGUGCUCUCCCUCGCUUCCUACGACAUCCAUUCCUCCUUCCUUCCACUAGCAGAGCUUUACCAAAAAGCCUACAUUCCUGUAAACGCCUUUCUCCCCCCUGAAGCGAAGACGCAUAUACUGAGUCUGCUACCAACGUUCCGACAACAGGCUCAGAUGUUGUCAAAGAUUCUGGACCUAUACAAAUGGCAGACAGUUCACGUAAUCUACUCUAAGUUCCACUUCUGGCAGGAGUUCUCUACUUACUUCUACUUCGACAUGAGUUCCAUGCUCUUUAAAGUGACGCUAAGCCGGGCUCUGGAGUCGCCUCUACAGACCCAGGAGGCUGAUGAUGCGCUGGAUGAAGCGAAGACCAGUAAAGUUGUGGUCCUGUUCCUAGAUAUCGAUGACCAACUGACCAUUCUGGCCCGCGCCUCAGCCAAAGAGAUGACCAAACAUCAUAUUUUCUUCUCCUUCCCGCGCACGCCCUAUGACCCGACGUCUCUUAGCCUCCUGGCACUGACCCCGCCCAUCACAGGUCAAGGUCGAUUCUCAGCUGACGCCACUACGCAAGGGAUCAACAUUUUCGAGAGUGUCUUCGUCGUGACGCCCACUUUUCCCCCUGAGGCAACAGUGUCUUCGGCAAACAGUACAGACACACAAAGUGGCUCUAGGAGGAGGAGGAGAAGGAGGAGAAGGAGAUCCACGGAAGCAGCGGGCGGUGGCACGCCUCUGUACUUCGCGAGUGGUCGUGAAAGUCACAAUGUGGUUAUGAACAAACAUCACGGUGGAGGGGACGGGCGGAGAGAGAACCGUCUCGUGGGCAAAGGUCAAGUAGGGCAAGGGGCUUUACAAACUCUCACAUACAGACAGAGGAAAAAAGAUCCUCACUUUGACUUCCCCCCUGAAAACAGUGAAACAGUUUCUAAAGAUAGUGGUGAAAAAAGUUACAAAAACCGGGACAAAAACUGUAGUGGUGAAAACGGUGGUAAAAACCGUAACAUAUUUCUUCCUGACAUUACAUACAAAACUCUUCCGAGCUCCCCUAUGUUUGAUAGACCCCGUUCUCCCAUCCGUGUUGGCAAAGAUGUUGAAUAUGUUGUACAAAGUGACACCCAAGCAAUCUCUUCCAUAAACCAAGCCCUUUCUCCAGGAGUGUAUGUGCCUACCAAACGUUCAAGUGAGAAUAAACCCUUCCCUUUCGCGCAGGCGCGAAAUAGGCGUCCCCUGUUUGAAGAUGUCAAACACCAAAUUCCACAAUUUGUCAAAGGAGGUUCAUCAGGUGCUGUAAAACAAUCCGAAGAUUCCAGUACUUUAGACACUUCCAGAGACAAAGUAAGCCACACGGGCUCUUCCCCGCAACGUCCGAAUACUUUACUUUUUGAAAGCGAAGACAGUUCACACUCCGUCUUGGACACCGACAUUUUAGAGAAGGACAAAGACGAACCAUCAUCACCAUCAUCAUCAAAACUCCGCUACAAGAGAGAGAUACAGAAGUUUGUCGCCAGUGGCUCGGACCUGAGUGCCAUCUACGACGCUGUCUAUCUCGUCUCCCUGGCCGCCCUGCGCGUUGCCAGUAACUCCAGCUCUGUCCCCUCCGGCGAACAGCUGAUCCGGUCAGUCUACGACCAAACCUUUCCCGGCGACUUGGGCCAGUUCACCAUAGAUCAGCAGCAGGCCGUUCUCUUUGACUUUGUCCUGUACGACUUCAACUCCUCCUCGGGUACCUUCCACCCACGCGUGUUCUACGAGGCCGUCUCCAGCUCUGAUUGGCUGCUCACCGAGCAGGGCGCCAUUUCCUGGCCGGGCACCAUCGUUCCUGGGGAUGAGUGCUACAAGCAGAUGCCAAACUGUAACGAAGGUGUCGAGAUUUCUUAUAUCAUCGCUAUUGUUAUCGCUGCUAUUGGUAUCAUUGUUAUCGCCGCAGUGGUUAUCGUCUUCAUCAGACGCUACUGGGUCAACAAAGAGAUGACAAAAGGGCCCAAUAAAGUCAUCCUCAACUCGGAGGACUUGGUCUUUAUUCUCAGAAAGGACAUGGGAAAAGGUUCCAGGAUCAUGAAGUCUCGUGCCACCCUGAUAGACAAAGACAACACCCCGGACCUUCUCCGUGGCUCCGCCGACCCCAGCCGAUCCAUGGCCAGCAUCAACGAGCUCAGCGACUACACGGAGACAGCCAGAUACAAUGGUGACUUGGUGCACGUAAAAGAACUGGACAUCAAAGGCUUUGAGAUGAGAAGCAAGCUACUCACAUUUGUACGAAUGAUCGUUAAGAAGCUAAAGAAACCACCGCCCCUGAUCCGCCCGUCGGUGACUCCUCAAGCCGCCCCUCCACAGUUCAUCCAGAUCAUGAAACAGUGCUGGUCGGAGAUGCCCGAGAUGAGGCCCUCAGUGGACGAUGUGUAUGACCAGUUCAAGAAACUGACCGGUGGAAAGUGA